AAUGACUCCCUGUCGCGGUCCCUGUACAUAAAUAUCUGUCAUUUGUAUAUUGUUGUUAUGCUUUAAAUACCUUGGAAGUCUGUGAAAAACAUGUAUUAUUUAAAAAAUUGUGGAUAAAAUCAAUACACUUGUUUGUCGUUUAAAAGUCGUGUCAAAAUUUACUGGAAAAUGUAGUUUUUUAUUGAAUAGUUAUCUCUAAAAAUGAUUCCUGUUCGUAUAUUUUCAAAGGAUUGAAGUAAUAUGGGUUGGUUAAGCUGCUGCGAAUGCAAAUCAAAAGAAGAGAAAAUUACAGAGUUAGAUUUUUCACGUUGCGGAAUAUCGGAAGUACCAAACGAAGUUCACGCUAAUUCGCCCACUUUAGAAGUACUACAUCUGGAAGGGAACAAGCUAAAAGAUUUGUCUCCUCAGCUGUUCCAGUGCAUAGAUCUAAGAUAUUUAAAUGUUAGUGAUAAUGAAAUCCGAGCCAUACCACCACUAAUUUCAAAAUUAUCCAAUCUACAGGUGUUGAUAUUCAAUAAAAACGUUUUAGAUGGGGUUCAUCCAAACUUGAAUAAGCUCAGCAAACUAACAAUGCUAGAUUUGAGUAUGAAUGAUCUUGGGAAAGUUCCUGAGGCUAUAAUGAGUCUAAUUAACUUGCAGCAACUAUGCCUAAACGAUACUGGAAUUGACUUUGUACCCGCUAAUAUUGGGAGACUUUGUAAUUUAAGGAUUUUGGAGUUAAGGGAUAAUAAUUUAUGUGAGUUACCGAAAUCCAUUCGAAGGUUGACAAAUUUACAAAGACUUGACGUUAGUGACAACAAUUUAUCCAGCUUGACUGAAGUGUGUGAGUCACAUAGUAGUUUAACAGAGCUAUGGAUUAAUGGGAAUAAUAUAACUGAACUUUCUGUAUCAAUUACAUAUUUAAAGAAGAUAAAUGAUUUUGAUGCCUCGUAUAACAAUUUAGAAUCUGUGCCAAAGGAGAUUGGUCAUUGGACCAAAAUAACAAAUUUAAUAUUAAGUUUCAAUAAUAUUUCGACACUACCAAAGGCCAUAGGUAAUUUAAGGAAUCUUCAAGUCUUAAAAUUGGAGUCCAAUUAUCUUGAAGAAUUACCAAGUACCAUUUGUAAAUUAAUUAAUUUAGAAGAACUGAAUUUGCAAAAUAAUUUCUUAACUAAAGUGCCUAGUAGUAUAGGGCAUUUACGAAAGUUGGCUACAUUAAUUUUGUCUGAUAAUAAAUUGCAAUGUUUACCCCCAGAAAUUGGCAGUUGUUGCGAAUUAUCAAUACUAAAUGUUCAUAACAAUUAUUUAGAAAAACUUCCCGAAGAAGUAGGUCAUUUACAACAUCUAACAACGCUGGGUGUUAUUGGUAAUAGGCUUUCCUAUUUACCAUUGACCAUAUCUAAAUUAACAAAUCUAAAAGCAUUGUGGCUUACACCAAAUCAGACACAGCCAUUAAUUCACCUACAAAACGAACAACUGCCUGAUGGCCAAGUAGUCCUGACAUCUGUUGUGUUUCCCCAAACGCCAUUAAAUGAACCAUCUGUGCCAUUACCCAGUUUGGGAAAUCAUAAAAGUCACAUUAGCUUUAAUACAGAAAGAGCUGAUGUUGAUAUUACGACUAAUACAAGUAUUUCAUUGAACCGCACACCUACACCUCAUUACAAAGAAUUGAAGAGGUUGAGGGAAAUAUUGAAGAACACUCAUGUACCAGUUAAUCAAGUAUUAAAUGUGUCUGAAAUUAAAGAAGCUAAAGUGACUCAUAUAUCGGGCGAUUUAAACAUCUCGCAGGCGAGUUUAAAUAACGGACAAGAACCACAACCGACUGAAAUAUUGGAACCCGCGAACGAACAUGCUAAUGCAGGCCCAAAACAGCCUCCUCCAUAUCAUAUUGCAGCGGCGUAUUCCAAAAACGCUCAUUUGUUUGCAUACGGUCCUCCCAGUCCACAUGAUCAACCAAAGAGAUUCAGCCAACAGCAACCCUCCAAUAUUCAUAUGCCUACCCCGAAAAUGGCUACAAGACAUCAGAUGUUAGAGCCCAAUAAGUCUAAUGAUAUACAAAUGCUGGAAAGGAAAUCGUGGCCAUUUGGACAACACACAAUAUACAAGGUUAUGGAAAUUGAAAUGCCCGAAUUUCAUGAACCUGGGGAUUUUCAGAUUGUUGCAAAAAACGAUGGUAUAUUCGUUGAAGAAGUUAACGUCCAGGGAGCGAUGUACGAAAAAUUGCAUCCGGAUGAUAAAAUUCUGGCAUUCGACGACACUGAUUAUACUAACAUAGAUCCAUUGGCGGCAUACCAAGACGCCACACGUAAAAUAGGUAAUGUAAGGAUAGUUAUUAUAUCCCGCAAACAGAAAUCAUAGUAUAUUUAUUAUAUUUACUUUUAUAGAUGCUUAAAACCUUGUUUUUGUUUUUUUUUUAAAAAUCUGGAUUGCAAUGAUAGGACAAUUUUUAAUUUGUCUGGAUUUUUAAUAUAGCUUCUCGACAAGGCGAAAUAUUUUUAAUAAUUUUAUUUUCGGAUUUUAACAUAUAUUUUCGUAUGCUUCAAGUAGAUACUUGUAAUUUGUAAUACUAAUUUUUGAGAAAGAAAUGGUUUCCCCAGUCCUUAUUCCCUUCUGUAAUUAUAUUCAUUCUACAACUGUAUUUGAAACAAAGGCAAUUUUGUAUUUUUAAUUUGUUGAACUUGUCUUUAAAUUUACAGGAAUAUGACAGUUUUGCAUCUAGUAAUUGACAAUAAAAUUAGUUAUUUUUUUUAAUAAAAUAAAUUUGUUGUCAUUUACUGGAAGGUGUCUAAGACUGAAUGAUAUAUUUUAUGGUUUUAAUUUCGAAAUUACUUUGGCCUUAUAGAAUGUAGAGUUGUCAAAAUGCGCACAAAACAGUAAUUUAUAUUCACUAUUUUUUCGGUCUAUAUACCGAAAGUUUAUGUUAUUUCUAAAAUUGACUGAUUGACUGACUGAAUUUGAUUAAGUGUUCUUGAACUCUUGAGGUCUGGUUCUAACUCUAAUGAGUUUGAGUUAUUAUCACACCUCUAUGACUUUGUAAUGUACUUUAGAUCAAGUUCUGUUUAUAACCAAGUUACCAGUGUUAUAAUACGUAUGCCAAUCACUAGGUUAUUUAUGAAUUAAGAAAUAUUAUUGGUGAUAUUAGUUAUAUAUAAAAUAGAGAAGGUAUUAUAACAUUAACUAUUUCAAUAUGCAUAUAAUCCCAGUUUUAUAUAGGCAAACAUGAUGUCUAUUAGGCUCUAAAAUAUAAAAAUGUGUAUCAAAAUUUAUGAUGCAACUAAAUUUUUAUCUACUAUUAUAUGCUAUAUCUCUUAGAAGAAUGUUAAACGACUUAUAAUUGGUAUCUAUUUUUUAAUUUACAUUAAUGUCUUCCUAUAAAACCUGGGACCUUAAAGUGCGUAUAUAUUAGCGCGCUGCGCCGCGAACGCGCAGCGCGCGUAUAGAUUCGCCUGUAUUUAUACGUCUUGUCAAGUUGCGCGCACCCUGUACGCAAACCACUUGCCGCGAACCAUCUCCUGUCGAUUUUUUAACGCUCCGCUUUGUAGUGAAGACAGCGCGCGCAUUCCAUGCGCCUUUAUAUGUGGCUUUGUGUGUUUUCUUUGAAUAAAUCCUCUUUUUCUGUGGUUUUCUUUGAAUAUUGUUUAUUAAUGGAGUGGUCAAAGAGCCGCACACUCAUACUCAUCACUAAAAUUGCGUAGUUCUUCUCGCACGGCAGAGAGAUUAUUAACGACUAAACGAAUGUUCGCGGGAUUUUUAUGGAUAGGGGGAUGUUCGUUAAAACAAUAAAAGUAACGCGUGGCGAAUGCUUAGCGCAGCGCACCAAUAUAUACGCACUUUUAUAUAGGCAUAAAUAUUCUAUACCAAGUACAUUUAGAAAAAAACCUUCAUUAUUGGGAAUAUUGUUUUAAAGGUUACAUAAGCUCUAUAAACGUAAAUUAAACGAAUACACUUUUUAUAUUAAAAAUAGUUUGUUAAUUGAAACGCAUAUUACUUCUAAGGGAUCAUAUUUUACCAAUUAAGCUAAAAUAAAUUGCUUAAUUUGUCAAUACCAACAUAGUACCUAUUAGCUGUGAAAAAUGUCACGUUUUACAAAGCCGGCGUACAAAGUCUUAAAAUAAAAUUGCCAUAGGCUGUGAUCAGAAUAUUAUUCUAAUUAUUAAUAUAUGAUUUAAUACUAAACUCUUAGAAGUAAUAUUGCCAUACGUGUUAUAUUUUAGAAAGUUAUAAGAAAGGAAUAAUAUUCUCUGAUUAUGGCAGCAUUUUUUUCUACAACGUCCUACACAUUUUGAAAUUAAAUUCGGUGCUUUUUUGCUUCAUUAAAAAUAACUGAUAUUUUUCAGAGUGAUCUAAGGACUCUUAUAAAAACAUUUGUAUAUAUUUUUUUUAAUAAAUUUAAUAGGAUCGUGUUGAUACAUUGUAGUAUACAGGGUUUACAAUAACAUUUUUUUUGCUUUGGUUUACAACAUAUGAAAACAUUUUUUGUUCGUUCCUCACCAUACUUGAUUUUGUUUAAAUUUGACUAAUAAAUUUAAACAAUUUUUCCAUAUUCUAUAUAACAAAAUUGUAUGCAUUUUUCUUGAAAUUUUUUUAUAUUUUUUAUCAUAUGUAUAAUACAACUUCUAGGGUGAAAAUUUCCUUGUUAUUAUUAAAGUAAAAUAUAUUUAAUCUUUCUGGCUUUCAAAGACCCUGAAGUGUUUUCUAUGAUCUUUUUCUACGUGUAUUUCAUAUAUAUAUAUAUUAUAUAUAUAUAUACAGGGGUGUCCCAGGCUGAGCGUGCAUUAGAC